GUUUUUGUAAUUGGAAUACCAUUAAACGGUCGUUCAUUAUAAUCUGGCAAUGAGUUCUGAUAUCCGAUCAGUACCUCUGGGCACGUCAUAUUCUGAGGAUUCCUUAACCGAUUCAUCAAAGGGUUGGUCAAGUCCAUUCAGUAUUUCACAGUGUAAAUAUGAUAGUCCGGAGACCGGCAUCAUCGGAACAUCUGAAAGUCCAACAACAGAGUACAGUGAUAGAAACGAAAAGUGUCAAGCUAUUGCUGGAUCGAUGAUUGCCAUGGAUACCAUAAAAGCAUCCAGUCUUCUUGUAGAGCAUAACCUGGGAAAAGUUGAGAGAAUGAUUAUUUCAUCUCGAAAACAACCGAAUCAUGCUGGCCAAAUUAUCACUAAUCUCUUGCCAGAUGACAAUACACAAAUGACCAGCCAGUCAUCGAUGUUAUGGACUGAGAAAUCAGUAAAAACAUGCAUUCCAACAAACCAUACAACUUCGUCAACAACGUCAGGAGAAGGAUUUUUUGAACGAGAUCAUGACUUAUCAGAAUGGUCAAAUGACAAACAUUAUAAAACGCUGAACAACGAAAUUUCCAAAACCGAAAAUAUUAAAGCUGAGGAAAAUCAUGAUGUUGAAGUGAAGCCAUCGAAUCAAAUAAAACAGCAGGAAAUAGCAAGCAGGAAUGGUCCAUGUGAUAUUCAUGUUAAGGCAAGUAGAUGUAUCGACUUAGCACUGCAAGCAUCCACACCGAUCACGUUCAUUCUUACAGGCAUCACGACUUCACGUGAAAUACGUAUAAGAAAAUUAUUUGUUAAUGGACAAAAAUACGUUUUCGUGUAA